GGAGAAGAGCAGCCAACAGCUCUUCAGAGGAUUUCAGAUAUGUACCAGAACAGGGAGAAUGUUUUGGAUCUGCUGGAGAGUGAAAGUAGCUGUCUGGAUAAGCUAUAAGGAGGACUGUGGGAGAAAUGCAAGUACAGUAUACGUGCUAUGCUAGCUGAAGGUGAAAUCAUGGCAAGUACAUCGCUGUGUGCUGCUAAUACGUCAGUGUCUCAGAAUCUUCGGAAAGCAUCUAGUUUUGUAGAAAAUAAAACCACACAGUGCUCCUUUUCCAUUGAAAGUAUUUUGGGAUUGGAGCAGAAAAAAGAUGGCAUUCCAGCAGUGAAACCUCACAGACCAUGGAUGGAUGGAUGCACCAACUUGGUUUUAGGUGAUGACAGUAAUUCCCAUCUGCAAAUCCCUGUUGUUUCCUAUGAAAAUUCAUUAUUUCAUGGUAACAGUGAUCCAAUGCAAGAGGAAAAAGUUUUGAAAUGUGAAAAAUAUUUUUCAGUCACUGAAAGGCUAUCUUUCAAACGAGAAUUGAGCUGGUACAGGGGUAGAAGACCAAGAACCGCUUUCAAUAGAAACCAGAUUGAAGUCUUGGAAAAUGUUUUUAAAAUGAACUCCUACCCUGGCAUUGAUAUUAGAGAAGAACUAGCUCGCAAAUUAGACUUAGAUGAAGACAGGAUCCAGAUCUGGUUCCAGAACCGUCGUGCAAAGCUGAAGAGAUCACACCGAGAAUCACAGUUUCUAAUGGUGAAAAAUACUUUCACCUCCAGCCUGCUAGAGUAGAAAGGAUGGUUUGCCACUAUACUACUACAAUAGAACAUGAAGAAUUACUAGUUAUUGUCAUAAUUUGUCCUAAGUAAUGAUACAUUGAUUAUAUGAUUUUAUCACUAGAUUUGAAGUGUUAUAAUGAUUUUCAGUCAAAUAAACUGUAAAUACUUG